CAUCUUUGUACAUUAAAUGCGUCCGCCCAUUGGAAAGAAAAUCGUCUAUAAACUCCACCUGUAGACAGCAAGUAAGUCAUGGACACGACGUGCAUCUCUCUGAUCGUUCUCCUCGGUUUGGGCUGCUCCACUCAGGAGAGAAGGUCUGAGGAGGCUGAGCUGAGGAUCGUCCGACUGGGGGACAGUAUUACCCUGCACUGUGAUGUCAAACAUGAGCGUGAAACUUUCUGGUACAGACAAUGUUCUCAUGAGAACCAGCCACUACUGAAAAUGGCUCGUUUGGAAUUAAUGGAUAAUCCUCAUCCUCGAUACGCUUUCGUGUGGGACUCCUCAUCAAAUUCAUAUAGUCUGUUUAUUAAAAACAUUACAGAGUCUGAUCUGGGAUUUUACUACUGUUCCACAAAAUAUCUCAGAAUUUCACUUCAACCCAAUGGAACAGCUACUGAUGAAGUAACUGACAAUUUUGGAGGUCUAACCAUUAGGCUCCUGACUGCAGAUGAUUUCAAUGGCACCAUAAGGACCCCCAGCGGUUCUGCAGCAGGGAUGACCCAGAGCUGGGUGCCGGUGCUCAGUGUGACGGCGGCUGUUCUGCUCUGUGCUCCUCUCUCUCUCGGUACCUACUGGCUGGGGAAAAGACAGGGUUUAAAACGAUCCACAGCAAAACAAAGGAUUACAAGAUUUAAUGAUGAAGAGGGGCAGGCCAGAAGUGAUGGACGACAACUGCUUGGCAUUUACACAGAGGUCAAAUACAGCCCACUGUGACCUCUGCCACACCUCUACAAGUCAUGUGAUCUAGAUAACCCCAGCCCCCAGGAAUCACUUUAAUUUUAAAGUCUAGUUGAAAUAUAGAAUGGGUAUACAGCUUUGUUUGGUAUAAUUAAUGAAUAAUAAAAUGAAAAGAAAAUUCUUGUGUUCUCCAAAACAUUACUGAUAUCUUGUUGGGUGGCUAGAUGAACACCGCUUCAGUUCCCAAACCUCUCCUCCGGGGCACCUCAGCCGUUCCAUGUAUUCAUUAAAUUUCACCA